UAAUAAUAUGAAGAUAAAAUAAAGAAAGAUUGACUCAAUAAAUUCAAAACAUAAAAUUAUAUAUUUACGUACGCCUGUGCAUAAAGUUUAUCACAUACUUAUUACGUAUUGAUUGAAAUGUAAUUGUGUGUUUCAGUUUGAAGCGGUUUCAACCAGUUCCACAAUAACCGUGUGUUUGUUUAACAUUUCCUUUGGCUUUGCGUAAGGUUUACCCAAGCCAACACCAAUAAUACCACCGGCACAAAAAGAAAAGUCAGUUGUGAAUUGAAGUGCUGAGGUUAGCCGUGAAGCAGCGAAGCAUAACAACAAAACUUAGGAGCAGAAGAACACUUUCUUUACACAUAUACAAUGGAGAUACCUCAUGAAAAUCCAGCCUUUAUUGGAGAUGACGGAAAAUCUGCACGCGGCCAAUCGAGAGCCUUGCGAAAUUCGGAUAAAGAGGCAAAGCUAUCUGAAAAUGAUUCUAAGAAGAAUGAACGCGCCACGUGGGGCAAAGGUGUAGAGUUUCUUUUCUCUUGUAUUGCCAUGUCUGUGGGACUGGGGAAUGUAUGGCGUUUUCCUUUUACGGCGCUGGAUAAUGGCGGUGGUGCUUUCUUAAUACCUUAUCUAAUAGUAUUAUUUUUAAUCGGUAAGCCAAUUUAUUAUUUGGAAAUGGCGAUAGGACAAUUCUCAAGCAGUGGAUCAGUGAAAGUAUUCAACUUGUGUCCAGCGAUGAAGGGUAUUGGCAUUGGUCAAGUGUUGUCCAUUUCGUUUGUGACCACCUACUAUGUGGCCAUUAUGGGCAUGAUUGUACGCUAUUUGUUUGAUUCAUUCAAAUCCCCGUUACCGUGGACAGUCUGUGACGAUGCAUGGAGUGAAGCCUGCGUUGCAUCUGGCACAAUGCCCGUGCCAGAACCCAUAAUAGAAAUUUCAACUGGAGUGUCAUCAGUAGUAAACGACAACACAUUACAUAAUGUCAGUACGCUCAUAAACGCGAGUGUUAUGCCUCAUCAUACCAAAACCAUUUCAUCUGCAGAGUUGUACUUUAUCAAGGAUGUACUGCGCGAGAAGGAUAACAUUGACGACGGUAUUGGUUUGCCGAACUGGGAGCUGGUGUUAGGACUUCUUGUAUCGUGGACAACAAUAUUUUUGGUUGUACACAGAGGUGUGAAAAGUUCAGGCAAAGCUUCGUAUUUUUUGGCUUUAUUUCCCUAUGUAAUCAUGGCUGUGUUAUUGGUGCGCGCAGUCACUUUACCAGGUUCCGCGGACGGCAUAAUCUUCUUUAUAAAACCCGAUUGGAGCAAAAUUCUGGAUCCUAAGGUUUGGUAUGCCGCCGUCACUCAGUGCUUUUACUCACUAUCCGUCUGCUUUGGUAACAUAAUCAUGUACGCUUCGUACAACAAGUUUGAUCAUAACAUCCAUCGCGACGCAAUGAUUGUCACCACAUUGGAUACGUUCACAUCCCUUAUUUCGGGUUUUACCAUAUUUGGCAUUUUGGGUAAUUUGGCCUAUGAAAUUGGUACGGAUGACAUCGGCACAGUAGUUAAAGGUGGCACCGGACUUGCAUUUAUUUCGUACCCGGAUGCGAUUUCCAAAUUCAAAACGUUGCCGCAAAUAUUUUCAGUACUGUUCUUCCUGAUGCUCUUCAUUCUUGGCAUCGGUUCAAACAUAGCAAUGACAUCAUGUACCAUAACAGCAAUACGAGAUAACUUUCCCCACAUUAAGCAAUGGCACUGUGCUUUGGCUAUAUCCGUUAUUAGUUUCUUUAUUGGGUUAGCCUAUGUGACACCGGGAGGCCAAUUUAUAUUGACUUUGGUGGACUUCUAUGGCGCUUCUAUGAUCGCGCUGAUUUUAGGCAUACUGGAGCUCUAUGUUUUGGGUUGGGUUUAUGGCGUGGAUCGGCUAUGCACGGACAUCGAAUUCAUGAUAGGACAUAGAGUAGGCAACUAUUGGCGUUGGUGUUGGGCACUUAUCACACCCGGCAUUAUGACAUUGAUUCUAAUUUACUUUUAUGUGACAUAUGAAUCGUUAACCUACAACAAUGUUCAUUAUCCAAGCUGGGCGUAUGCAUUGGGUUGGACAAUUACUGCCUUGGGUGUUCUCCAAGUUCCAAUAUGGGCAAUAGUGGCUAUUAUACGCCAACCAGGAGAAAGUUUAACCGAAAAAGUCCAUGGUGCGUUCAGACCCGUAAGCAACUGGGGUCCAUCAGAUCCCUUACUUCGGGAACAAUACAACAAAGAUCUGGUACACGACAACGACUCGAGUAACAUAAGUUGCUGGAGUAAAAUCAAGAAGAACUUAACUGGUUAACCAUUUUGAUCAAGUGAUUUUUAAAACAGCGGGUGCUGUUUACGGCUUGCCAAAUUUUUGUGUUAUAGAAAUUAAAAUAAAUAUUAAAACUUA